CUUUUCUGGAGGUGAAAGCAAACAAAGGCUGUCAUACCUUCCUUGGGCCUAUAUAUAACAAUUAACACUCGGGCAACUAUAUGAUGGCCACCACUCUCCAAGCACCCGCUCUUCACACUCGCUCCACUAUCGCACUCUCCUUAAAGGACCACUCAUCCCUCCCCUCUCUUCCGAGUGCCGAAACCGACAUUAUAUCUCACUGGCGUUCAAUUGAAUGUAACCCACGACACAAAGACUGUAUUUUAUCUGCGCCCUCUCAAUUGGAUGCAAACGAUGUCACCGCUACACCAUACAUCAUCUGCUCCAGAGGAGCUUCACGGAAUCCCAAACACUUCUAUUGUACAGCUUAUGCGACGACGCAUAAUACCAAAUACUUCAAAAAAGCUGGUGGAGAUGUUCGCACGACACGUACGCCCAGCCAUCUGCAGAAACCGAGGACCGGAUAUUCGAUAAACGUUAUACCAUAUGUGGAAUACGAUAGAUCGGUGGAUGAGGGACCUGAGUUCAAUAUAAAGGAACCCUUUGGAACAUCUCACAAGAAUCACUAUAAGGCACCCACCACCGUUUCCCCGCAAAGCGGUGAGAUCUCCACGCUGAUCGAUUCUGGUUUCACUCGAAUGCCACCAAAAUAUAACGUUACCACUGACGGGACGGCGCGGGGAAAUAUGACAAGUACCAUGAAAUCUAGUUAUGACUCCAGUCGACUCUCCUACAAGGGUCCUCAAUUCGAUAAAGACAAAGUUACACCUUCUGGCAGUGCCUACAUUAGCAACAGCGGUCAGAUUCAGGAGCUCGGUACCGACAAUGAUGUUGGAAGGUUUGAGCGCUCCAAUCGUAAUCCCCCAACCGAGGGGGAUUGGCGAAAUUAUAAUACAAGUCAUAUGGUCGAAGACGGAUACACUCGAUCACAUCACGCUAAUAUCCUAGGUCGCGACGAUCCUGCUGAUAUACUUUCCGCAAAAGAUCAAGAAAGAAUUAGGAAGACUGAUCCAACACGAUGGAUGCAGGUGCAGGACCCUAAUGCUUGGAUGAGCACGUCCAGAAUGGUACACCGUCCCUUUCACCCCCUCUACGAGACAAUGACGGCCCUCAAGUCGCCCGGCACAAAAGUCGGCAACAAAGAACCGCAGGGAAGUGUCCGAAACAACCCGGUAUACCUAAAUGGCGUCGAAAUCGACCCGAGACAGCGAUUUUCGACCGAAACGGGUGACAGAUACACGUAUUCGAUGCCGAGAUUCACACCUGGCACCUUCCCAAAGAUUGACGGGGUGGCGAAAUCUACCGGUUUCACUCGAGGCAAUAAGUUUGAAUACACAUUCGACGUGCCAAACGAUGCAGAAUCACAGGCUCAACUGCACCCAAUGCAGGCAUGUGCUCGUCGACAAGCUGACCGAGGCACAUUCUCUGUAAAGCCAACGCAAGUCAAAUUUGGAGAAGCAGCAGGCAAUGUCUGUGAUUGCGGCUGUGGCUGUUGAGAAGUGCAAUCCAUUGGCGAAUAAGAUCCUUUUUCGGCCCUGUUGUAAGGAAUUGGCCAAGUUGUCCAGUGUUCACUCAAGAAAAUGGUUGUUAGAGUUGCACCCUGAAGGUUUGCUUAGAAGGAACAUCUGCAAAUUCUUUCCGACAUGAAACAUCUAUUCACAUUUCGAUCUCAAUUGAGGGUUGGGUGAUAAUGACCCAAUGUCCAGCUGUCCAGCUGUCAAAUAAUAAUAAAUAAUUACAGAAUGAAA